AGUCGCAGUCCGCCUAUAGUUCCCCUCUCGCCUCAUCAUGGUUUGCAAGCUCGUCACCCUCUCCCUCCUGGUAGCCGUGGCCCUCGCCGCCCCCCAAUCGGGCUACGACUACAACAGCCCACAACAACCCUCCAGCCUCUACCAGCAGCCCGCACGACCCACCACGCCGCGCCCACGACCCCCGACCCAACUCUACAACACACCCCAGGCUUCCAACGUGGCUCCUGCUGCAGUGCGACCCCAGAGUUAUAACGCCCCCGCCCCCAUGGAGGGAAUGCCCUACGACUUCCAGUGGGGCGUCCAGGACCAGGACAGCGGCAACGCCUUCAGCCACGUCGAGAACAGCGACGGCCAGACGACCCAGGGCGAGUACCGCGUCCUCCUCCCUGACGGUCGCACUCAGGUGGUGAAAUUCUACGACAACGGCGACGGCUUCAACGCUGAGGUCACGUACGAGUAGUGGCAGCCAAGAUGACCUAGGAUGACCUGCGACACGAGAAUAUCGAUGCAGUUUCGACCGACCAACCCUGUGUACAGCUAUCCAUAUUUUCCUUUUUAUAAUAAUGUUUUAGUAUAUAGUAACACUAGGUGUAUUUUUUUGUUGUUUGACAUCCGUGUUUAGCAAAAUUCUUUUAUACAUAUCAUUUCAAAUGUCACUUCUUGCCCUCCACAGAUGUGAAAUGUACAAGUAUAUCAUUUUUAUUAGGAGUUGUAUGAACCAUUCGUGAUGGACACUUCUUUCCCGUUUCUAAAUUUUCUUUGUGACGAAAAUUAUCUCCUAUUUCUCCAUCUCCUGUGUAUAUAAUUCGGUGUUUGUGUAGUGUCCUGUUAUAUAUUUAUUGCAGAUCCUUCUUUCAAAAAUGUGUAAUGUUUUUUUUCCGAAAUAUACAGUAUACUACAACUAA